AUGAGCAACUUAUUCAACAAUAAGGCUUUUGCCAUCAAGGCAACGCCGGCCAGAAUCAGAACUGAGAGGGUGCGAGGCAAGCCAAAACCAGUACCAAUACUAUCAAAGUCCAAGUCAAGCACAACGCUAAAAGAAGAAAAUAUUACACCCAAAUGUAUAGCCAAAAAUCUUCAGACUUACUCUAAGGCAAAACUUUCCUCCGUCAAGUCUAGCAAAUACGAGUGUACCCAUGACAAAUCCAAACGGAAAUUACCACUACGUAGAACACCUGCUCCUCAGCAUCCCCUCAGCUCAGACUCCAGCGACGCAGAAUACGUCCCCGAUCUUAAAACUCCAGCAUGCACGCGUCAGAAAAUGAUAAAAUAUGCAAACAAGAAGCGAAAACUUAAUUUAGAGGACGCUUUCUCGGUAAACCAAAGCGAAUCACUCGAAAUAAUACAUGCAGCAGAUAUUACAAGCGUUGAUAAGAGGCCCAAGAUGGAUAGGAAUGAAUUUACUGCAGUCGUAAUGGUCCAGGUUCAAUAUCCCAGUGCCUCUCAGCUUGAAAGAUAUGUCUUGAUUCCCGGAGAUAAUUUCAAUCCAGUUCAAGAAAUAAUCAACGUUAUCACAAACGUACUAGAAUUAUAUUUUUCAGAAGAACAGGAAAUUCCGCUGAAAGGUCCUGAUAAUGGAAUUAUACGAAGAUUGACAAAAGCUUACAACCUACACACAAAAAGAAGCUCAGAUAAUAAUUUUCUAAAAGAUUUCAAGGAGGCAGUAGAGGCAUACAACUCCUCGUUACAAAGGCUACUGAAGGACGGCUCAAUCGGCAAACGUCUUGACUCAACUCAAACAUUGCCCCUUGAUAUGGUUGAGUGUAUCCUCCAGCAAGUAUAUGCCCGCACUGUGUCACCAAAGGUCAAUAUACUGAAACAGUAUGAAAACGGAACGGACAACAUAUAUGGCGAACUUCUCCCACCUUUCAUAUCCAGAAUAUUAGCUGAAGCAAGCCUGACAUGCGAAGAUGUCUUUGUAGACUUAGGCUCUGGUGUCGGAAAUGUCGUCUUGCAAGCUGCAUUAGAAUUUGGGUGUGAAAGCUGGGGGUGCGAGAUGAUGCUAAAUGCAUGUACGCUUGCAGAAGCUCAAAGUAAAGAGUUCAACGCUAGAUGUAGACUGUGGGGCAUCAAAUCAGGUCGCGUUAAUUUAGAAUGUGGCGACUUCCUCGAAAAUCCAAGAAUUUUGGCCGCUAUGAAAAGAGCAGAUGUUAUACUUGUCAAUAACCAGGCUUUCACGCCCGAGCUAAACCAGAAACUGAAAGAUCUUUUCCUAGAUUUUAAGAACGGCUGUAGGAUUAUCUCACUGAAACCUUUUGUGUCAACGGGGCAUCAAAUAUCAUCUCGAAAUUUGUGGGACCCAGCCAAUUUGCUGGACGUCACAGAAGGAGAGUAUCACAGUGGGUCAGUCAGCUGGACAGAUACAAGUGGCACAUACUACAUAGCGCGAAAAGAUGAGAAACGGCUGCAUAAUAUUUGUGAAAUUUGA